AUGUCUGACGAUGAUGAUUUCAUGCAAGAUUCGGGUGAUGAGGAGUACGACUUCGAGUACGAAGAUGCGGACGAUGACGAAUCGGGAGAUGUCGGUAUCGAGAACAAAUACUAUAAUGCCAAACAGAUGAAGAUAGACAACCCGGAGGAGGCCAUCGAUGAAUUCUUGGGAGUUCCGGAUCUAGAACAAGACAAGGGUGACUGGGGGUUCAAAGGACUGAAGCAGGCUAUCAAGUUGGAAUUCAAGCUUGGGAGAUAUAGCGAUGCCGUUGAACACUACAGAGAGCUCCUCACUUACGUCAAGUCGGCCGUCACUCGUAAUUACUCCGAAAAGUCCAUCAACAACAUGCUAGAUUAUAUCGAGAAGGGUUCGGAUGAUGACACAGCUUACCAGUGCAUGGAGGAAUUCUAUUCUUUGACCCUGCGCUCAUUCCAAAAUACCAACAACGAGCGACUAUGGUUGAAGACAAACAUCAAGUUGGCACGUCUUUGGCUGGAACGAAAAGAGUACGGCCAGCUGAGCAAGAAGGUGCGGGAGUUGCAUCGGGCAUGCCAGCGAGAAGAUGGAACCGACGAUCCGAGUAAAGGAACAUAUCUCCUCGAACUAUACGCCCUUGAGAUACAGAUGUAUGCCGAGACGAAGAAUAACAAACGACUAAAAGCGCUCUACCAGCGUGCCCUUCGCGUUCGGUCGGCGGUGCCGCACCCCAAGAUCAUGGGAAUCAUCCGAGAAUGCGGAGGGAAAAUGCAUAUGAGCGAGGAAAACUGGGAGGAAGCGCAGAGCGACUUCUUCGAGUCAUUCCGGAACUACGAUGAGGCGGGCUCAAUACAGCGAAUCCAGGUGCUCAAGUAUCUCGUGUUGACCACGAUGCUGAUGAAAUCGGAUAUCAACCCAUUUUAUUCCCAAGAAACCAAGCCGUACAAGAACGACCCCCGCAUAUCCGCUAUGACCGAUCUAGUCGAUGCAUUCCAACGCGACGACAUCCACGCCUACGAAGCCAUCCUUAGCAAAAACCCGGACGUCCUGGCCGAUCCCUUCAUCGCCGAGAAUAUUGACGAGGUCAGCCGAAACAUGCGGACGAAGGCUGUUCUCAAACUGAUCGCACCGUACACACGAUUCACCCUUAAGUUCAUCUCGAAACACAUCCGGGUCUCGGUACCCGAGGUACAAGACAUCCUGAGCUUCCUGAUCCUGGACAAGAAGCUCAAUGCCAAGAUCGACCAGGAAAACGGGAUUGUGGAGGUUGAAAGCGCUAGCGACGUGGACCGGUUGCGGGCACUGCAGGAGUGGAACGCAUCAUUGCGGUCUCUUUGGCAGGCGACCUUGAACGACGGGGAGGGAUUCAGGGAAGAUCCCGCACAGCUGCACGGUAUGAGAGGUGGAGGGCCCAUGUUCCAACCCGGGUUUGGAGAUGAACCG